ACGACCACGCCGAAAAAAGUGUCCUCCGUUCCUUCACGACCCGCUACACGUACACGCAUUCCGCUUGUGAACCGGGGCAAGAAAGUAGCGAUUAAAUGAUAAUAAGGAAAUUGUGUUUGCAAAUGGAAUGUUCAACAACCGGAACUGACGGUGUGGCCUGAUGCUGACGAAUGAGCGGGAGGAGGAAUGUAUAAAUUGAUAUAAAAAAAUGCAAUGCAGAAAAUAAUACCCAAAAGCCCCUCGCAACGAAGAACAAAUAAUGAUGUGACAAGGAAAGGUGCAAGUACAAGCGAUUGAGUAGCGAAUGUUACUGUGUAGUGGAUAGUGGAACACAUGAUGAACACUAUUUAUGUCCUACACACACCUCCCAUUCACCAGCUAGAAAGACUAGGGUAAAGCAAUUCAGUUUUCUACAUUAUACUCGAGGCGUUGGCGGGGUGUGUUACGUGCAAUCGCUUCAAAUGCGAUCGAGAGUAGCGAAUAUCAUUACAACAGCCUUCCAUCACAUCACGACGGUAGUAGCCCACGGAAUCAUAUCUCGGAGCGGGAAUCGCAUCGCGCAGCAAUCGCACCAGCGCAGUCAGGCCUCAUAUACUCCAAACAGAAUCGGCAUGCUGCUGCCCCAGCAUUCUGAUGGUCCAACGUCGUUGCGAGAGGGAAGGGAGCGCUCAUUGAAACAUACAUUAGGCAGUAAGAUCGGCUUCAUCGUAAUCGCUUGCAAAACCAUGCGCCCGCAAUACGUUUCUCGUUGAUUUGUGUACGUUUUAGUUGCUAGCUUUAACAGCUCUUUUAGACGAAUGCUAUCGGUCCUUGCCACUCCCCGCGAGCAAACUAAAGAUAAUUGCUUCUCGAGAAUCACGUGUGUGGUAUGAGUCGACAGAGGGCAAUGACUGAUUGUGCAGAGGGCUACGAAGCAUUUCUUUUGUUCGUUCGUUCUGUUUAAACGAGCAUGUAUGCUGCUCACUUGCAGCAUCGCUAUAUAAUACUGCUGUAGUAAUACUCAUGGCUAGAUUGAAGCUUUCUAAUGUAAUAAUCUUCCACCCUAGAAGAGGAGGGUUUCGGAGAAGGGGGUCGCCGCUGUAAAAGUGAUGGAAUAUUGAAGCUAAUGUGUAGCAGUGGCAAUGGGAAUGUGGCAGGAGAGGGGGGGAGGGGUUCGUUUUGAAUUGGUUUCCUUUUUACCGGGCGCCAAAAAUAAUUCGUAUGUAAGCAUUUUGUUCUCCUUUCGUUACGUGCAUUACACAUAAGGGGUGGGUCAUGUUUUGUCCUCAUCUGUUUCCUUACAGGCAAGCACUAAGUCAUUAGAUUAAAGUAUUCUAACGAAAUUGAAAAAGAUGAAUGAACGAUUUGGUCUCUUCUUAUACUUUGUCGCCUCUGCUAGCUAGUUCCCAAUCAGAUAGCGUUGCUCAUUUGAAUCGAUUCUUGAAAUUUUAGUCCUACAUAAGUGUACCGCACCUGUAAACACCAACCAACCAACCAACUAACCAAACAGUUGAAAAUCCAAAUCGAAAUACGGCGUUAAUGCAGCCGAUUGGAUCAGAAACAGAAGGUCAGGUAACACCAAGUACCUGUCUUACCGUUCCGUUAACUUUGUAUAGUAACGAUUUUAACAUGUAAAGCGAUUCUUUUAUGUUUUUUUUUUGUAUCUACUAUCGCUCCCAGCGUUACAUUAAGAUGUACGGAUAUCCUUUUCUCUAUACACAUCGUUACCAUGACCAUACAUCGCCCGGUGGAGAGUGGGCGACGAGUAUUCUUUAUUCAAUCCUGGUUUCCUUUACUAUUGGUGGUCAUAACUUUGGUCUAAGUUUUACAACAACGAUUUGAUGAUACUAGUCGAGCGAUGGAAAUGGAUAAGAUAAGUUAGUGUGGUCUGUUUGGAAGCAAAUGGCAUCGUGAAGAUGAUCCGCUUCCGCUUUGCUUCGAUUAUCUUUCCUCUCUUGUCCUUCCGUUGGGGGAAACGCUUUAUUGCCAAAUAUUGAUUGCUGAUGAAUUGCGCACUUACCUUUCGCUUAUUCCAUUCGAUCAUCACACGAUAAUGCGUGCCGUGCCAUAUGUGUAACUGAAAGUUACUGGGAAGCAGCGGGCAGUGUCAUGAUGUUGUUUUCGUUACCCAUUUUUUAUCAUUUUGCACAUCGUUUCUAAUUUUUCGGGCCCAGUUACGGGGAAUCAACAAUGAACGCUUAGGACAAAUUCGGAUCUUUUGUAUGACUCUAUAAAAUAUCCUUCAUCAUGCGUCGUGCGUCGUGUGAGAAGUUGCGUGGAUCGCUUCGCUUUCACUGUACUGUUGUAGUUCGACGUGAACAAUCGUUUUGCGCUUUUGCUUAUUUAUUGUAUGAUUCACUCAAUCGUUAUCCGCAUUAUUGCAGCAGCGUGCAAAUCAGACAAAAGUAUAUAUAUAUAUAUAUAAAUAUAUGCAUAUAUAACAGUAUAAAAAUAUAUUUGAUGAAAAGGACUAAACUCAUAUUAUACACCGGGCGGGAAUGCUCUGUAUGAGAAUAAAGCAUU